GGGCGGAGUCUGGAGCGACGCGCUCCCGGAAGUGACGCUGACGUCCCGUGCGUUCAGGCGGCUGCGUCGGGCUGUAGGAGAAGAUGGCGGUCUCCACAGGAGUUAAAGUUCCUCGUAAUUUUCGCUUGUUGGAAGAACUUGAAGAAGGACAAAAAGGAGUAGGAGAUGGUACAGUUAGCUGGGGCCUUGAAGAUGAUGAAGAUAUGACACUUACAAGGUGGACAGGCAUGAUUAUUGGGCCACCAAGGACAAAUUAUGAAAACAGAAUAUAUAGCCUGAAAGUAGAAUGUGGACCUAAAUACCCAGAAGCUCCUCCAUCAGUUAGAUUUGUAACAAAAAUUAAUAUGAAUGGAAUAAAUAAUUCCAGUGGAAUGGUGGAUGCACGCAGCAUACCAGUGUUAGCAAAAUGGCAAAAUUCAUAUAGCAUUAAAGUUGUACUUCAAGAGCUAAGACGUCUAAUGAUGUCCAAAGAAAAUAUGAAGCUUCCACAACCACCAGAAGGACAAACAUACAACAAUUAGUUUUAGUGGAUCUCAAACUUGUCUUAAAUCAACAACCUUCUACUCAUAUUAAUGUCUUGAUUAAAUAUCACAAAGCAAAAUACCCACACAUUAAGUAAAAGAAUUCCAGCUGAUAAACAUGACCUGGACAUUUGUAAGAAUAUAUUUAAUAAAUGUUCACCCAUUAUGUUUUCAGGUAACAAGAGGAAAAAUGCAGCACAACUUUUCUUUCUCUUGUUAAGGCACUGUCAUUUAACCAUGAACCUGGAGUCCUCCAAAUAGAAUUCAGGUUUACAAGAUGAAAGCAUGGGAAGAAUUGUCAGAUGUCAGUGGAAACGUGUGUUUCUGAAAAGUAAAAUCUCAAGAAGGAAAAACAGAAAUGGCAUGCUUAUCCAUCUUGCUUAGUGAAAGAGCUACAGUUUGAAAUUGUUCAAAGUAGCAGGUACAAUGAAUAUUGUCACAAAUUGUGUUAAUUUUUGAAGCAGUGUGGGUGCUGACUACUAGUAGUAUCAAAAAUAUGUUCAGGAUUGUUUUGAUACCUGUAUUUAUAAUAAAAAAAAUGUUGGGGGGGUUGAUGAAUUUCUGUCAAAAGCUGUUCCUGUGUGUUACAUGUAACAGACAUGGUAAAUAUUUGUUUACAGUCUUUGUUAAAUAAACCAUGCAUUUAAGUUUAGGUGAAAUCAACAAAAGGAAAUAGGUAUAUGGAUAUGUGAUUUUGAGAUUAGUCUUAAAAUGUAAAUAAAAUGUAGAACGUGUCCUCAGAGACUGUGCCAUUUCUAUUAUAUUGAUGUAGUAUAUGUACAGUACCUUGCCAAGGUAGCAAAAAUUGAAAUUAUUGAUUGUAGCUUUUCAGUGAUGCGCACCCCAUUUAUGAUUUAUUCUACUUUGUAUACAGUACUUGUGAAUUGGAAUUAGCAGAGUAUUAACAAAUUAUAUAAUUAGUUUAAUUUUUUUUGAGAAGGAGGAGUUGCAGAUAUUAUAUUUGAAUUUGAUUUUACCAGAAAUAUUAUUACAAAGAUUUUUGAAUUCUAGCCAUUCUUAUAGAAUUACAAAUUUCAUAUAGUUCAAAUAUACAUUCCUUUUUUUCUUAACGUAUUUUUAUUUUUCUGUGAAGUUCUGGUUAAUGGAUUGAAAUAAUGGAGACAUUUUCUUCUCUAGUUAAUGAUUUUAACAUUAACAAGGGUUAGUUUUAUCCAAGUUCCGCUCUAACAAAUAGGUAACUGAAGUCAGAGAUUCAUUUAUGUCCUACUUUUACCAAAGUGACAUGAGGCUCUAGGUCACUAUUUUUACUUCAACGCACUGGGUGCACUGCCUUGUUGAAAAAUGUUGUUUUCUUACGAAUUUACUGAAGAAUAUCAAAGGUAGUCUGGUAAAAUCUGCUUUCUUUUGGCCAACUUAUCUUAUCCUUCACCCCAGAAUGUAUAGGCAAACCAAAACUGUGACUGUCAAAAUAUCAAAUGAGAUCUUCUAACUUUGCUUAUAAAGGAAAAAUAAUUGACUUUGUAUUGUUUUGAGAAUAUUAAAGUAGUUUAGUUACUUUUGUAGUAUAACAAGGACAGAUUUCUCAAAUAGACCCUGACAUGUUUUUAUCAAGCUCAAAGUUACUACCUUUUCUUAGUCAAUGGUGUAUUAAAGUCAGUGACAGUUUAUCUAAACUAAUUUCAACAUGGCUAGUCUAUUAUCAAAAAUUUCUUAGAUACUUUAAAAUGAUACAUGAAGAACAUACACAUACAAAUUCAUACAUGUAUAAUUUAUUGAAGUACAUUUAAAAUGACUUGUUACCUUGGAAUGUAGUCUUAAAUUUUUUAGUGAUUAAAGGAGAUUAAAUUGAAUUACACUGACACUGUAUAACAUCUAAUGGUAACUGAUGGUCUGGAUCAGUCUAGUAAUUUCUUUUCCACUUUGAAAACAUGUCAUACAUGGAAGCUGGUAACUAUUUGAAUACUGUUGGCAGUCUGACGACUUAGUACCUUGAACUCAUAACUGUUUUUCCUUUCCCCAUCUGUAUUGCUGUGAAAGUGUUUCUUCCCUCUAAGUAUGUGUUGUCAGAGUCAGACCUAUAAUGUUUAUUUCCCCUCCUUUGUUUUUGGGAUUAUGAAUCUCACAGAAAUCUGCAUGCCAGUUAACCAUUUUCGGAAGCACCAUCCAUUUUUGCAUGUCACAAUCAAAAUGUACAUGGCAAUCUAAGACACACUGAUUGAUAUGAGUUAACAUAGAGCUGCUCUAAAUUACAGUAACAUAUCUUAGACGUUUUGAAAGUUUUCCCUUUGUUUUGUAAAGUGACUGAGGUUGUAGGAGUGUGUGGUAUCUUAUCACCUUUCAAAUGAAUUGUAAAAUUGCCUUAGAAAUUUGUUUAAAAGGCCAAGACCUUUUAAACCUUGAGGAUGAUCAUAUAUUAAUAAAAAUUGCAAAAAUAAAAUUCUUGUCAUAUUA